AUGAUUGAUAGUAUUGGUCCCAGUCGUCGAAACAGUUUAUCUCAGGCCUCUAAAUCUCCUUUCUCAAACACUCUCGUCCUUCGGCCACCAAAAAGAGAAGGAGGGUUACUGGAUAUGCAGGUCAGCGAUUUUAUCGACUUGGAGAUCCGCGAUAAAGUUGCAGCAAUACUUCCAUCCUAUCCAUCAUACCCUCUUCUUUAUCUUACUUAUGUACUAAUUAGGAGCGAUGGGGCAUCGGACGUAGCCCGAAAGUUCCUCCGCGAUACACGCCAAAAUAAGGGUCAAUAUCUAUCGAUCACUUAUGUCACAAGUUUAGAGGAAAUUGGGGAUGUCAAAAUGCGCGACAAAGUUGAAAAAAUUAUCAAUAUGGCGCCGGAGGUGACUAUCUGGUGGGCUUUUUAUGCCUUGCAAGUUUGUGAUGGAUCUUUUGAUUGUGCUAUUCGUCUGUUAUUUGAGGGUGUUGUUGAUGCUUCUAAGGUCCCUGCGACACACGUAGCUCCUGUAUCUACUAGGCGUGUCAGUCCGGCAACCAGUCCCAUGAGCAGACCAGAUGAAAGUUUAAUUGUCGAUUCGUCGUCAGAUUCAGAAAGCUCUUUUUCCAGCGACACUAGUGGCGACAAUUCAGCCAAACCCAGUCUAUCCUCACCUGAGCUAUUGCACCAUACAUCAAACAACAUAUUCAUCGAUACUAGCGAUGAUGACAAAGACUUAAAGUCAGAAAAAGAUAUUGCGACUUGGCGUGCCAGCCCUGACUACAGCAAACUGCGAAAGCCACCUAUUGAUAAAGGUAAAGGCGUGGAUAGAUCAGACCCGGAAGAUUUUAACUCCGAUAUUGAGAUGAGCAAUAUUCCACCCUUCAAGGAGAGUCCUCAGGCAAAGAGACACGAGGAACAGAAACGAAAUUGCAAGUUCUGUGGCACGGAACAAAAGAACUGGUUGGCGCGAACUAGUCAUGAGGAAUCAUGUCGUCUGAAGUCGAAGCAUAUCUGUGUCAAGUGCAAAAGGGAAGUCUCGAUGUCUAAUAUUAGAAGGCAUGAAGCCAGGUGUGAUGGCCGUCAAACCUCGAGACGUGAUGGCCCAGAACAUGAGGUCCGUGAUUCAACAAGAAUGACCGCUUCUCGUGACAGUUCUCCGGAUUUUGAUUCAUCUGAUUCUCAUACAGAAGAUCAGCUUCAAAAGGUGAAGGAAAUGCAAGAAUACCUUCCUCGCCUUUCGGUUGGUAAAUGCAUCGAGUCCUUAGCGUUGUGCGAUUAUAAUGUCGAAGAGGCUAUAAAGUUGGAGAGGGAGACGUUGACUUCAGAUGAUGGACUUGAAAACCCCGAUGUUCGAGGUUCGUGUAGCCGGAAGGAUGUUUCGCUAAAGAGAGGAUUGGGAAGCACGUCGGUUGAGCGUGUCACCAAGAAGGCUCGUAUCCAGGUCAGUGAUGGAGAUACGAGUUUGGAGCCCGCAAGCCAGUGGAUUAAAACCACCUUUUCUGGUCUUUGUCAAAACUCGACCAACCUUACAAUUGUCUAUCUCUCUGGCUGGAAAUGUCGUUCAGUUCCGACGAAGCUUAUUUGCGACAACUCAAAAUACUUAAAGAAUAUGUUUAAUCUCACAGGAGGCGAAGAUGCUCCAAAGAAAAUACAUCUCUCAGAUGUCGAGCCAGAUCUCUUUGAUGCGCUCAUACAAUAUAUGGUCUGUCGCAACGUCUCGUUUGGUUCUCGAGUAAGCCAAACACGAAAGAUUACUUCGAUUGUAAACUUCAUAGUCCUCGCAAACGAACUCGAAGUUGCUGGGCCAGCGACUACCAUGCUUCCAGCUCUUGAAAGUAUUUUGAAACAAGAACGAAAGGGUCCGUCUCCUCCAGCUAUUUUGAAAGGUGACCACGUAGAAAAGGUCUUUUCGACACUUGGAGCUGGUCACCCCAUUUCAAAACUAUUCGUCAGUGCAUCAGUACGGCCGUUUCUCGAACACAAAAUUGAUAACACGUCCGUCGAUGAGGACUUCGACAACGGCUCUGAACUCGUGCCAGGCAACAUCGAAAUCUAUCGCAACAAGCCAGCGCAUCUUGCAUUCAAGCUGAACGAUGAAUUUAAAUCGGCUCUAUUAUUAAAGGUCUUCGAAACUACGAGCACUAGGGAAAGUCGACAAAAAUAUACGCGCAGCAAAACUCCCAAGAAUUCUACCACUUGGUUUACCGAUCCGCUAGAUGAUAGCCAAUUCACUAUUUGA